AUGGAAGAGGCAAACACACGAAGUGGUAGAACAACCGUGGCUAUGCGAGAGUACUACUGUUACAAGUUCCAGAUUCGAUCUACCGAUAAUGUGCUUUUGUUCGGUGGUAGGCUGCUACAGCAGUUUGUGGUUGAUGUUUACAUCAAAAUUGAGACGUCACGCUUAGAAUUUUGUGAGAGAAACCAGGCUAAGAUUCGGGCCGAAUUGUACCAAGGUAUUGUGGAUUGCGUCAAUACUGGUGAGGUUCAUGCAAACAGAGUCGGGAAAAGAAUUGUGUUGCCUGCAUCUUUCAUCGGGGGGCCUCGCGACAUGCGACGUCGGUUUCUAAACGUGAUGACGUUAGUUCAAGAUGACGGCAAGCCUGAUGUAUUCCUUACAAUGACAUGUAAUCCUAAGUGGCCUGAGAUAUGUGAUAACUUACAUGUUGGUCAAACUGCUACAGAUCGUCCAGACCUUGUUUCAAGAGUGUUCCGGGCUAAAUUAGAAGAUCUUAAGGAUCAACUCUUCAAGAAACAUGUCCUCGGGGAAGUUAAGGCAUACGUCUAUGUCAUUGAAUUUCAAAAGCGGGGUUUGCCGCACGCACAUUUUCUCCUAAUCAUGUACCCGCAACACAAGAUCAAUAACGCGGACCAUUAUGAUAAGGUUGUGUGUGCUGAAAUUCCUAACAAACUAACACAUCCCGGAUUGCAUAAGAUGGUUGUCAAGCACAUGAUUCACGGUCCUUGCGGCAAUUUACGAUCAAGCAGUCCUUGUAUGCAGGGUGAUCCUAAAAUUUGUCGUUUUCACUAUCCUAGACAAUUUAACGAACAGACGACACAAGGAGAAGAUUCGUAUCCGUUGUAUCGAAGGAGAGACACCGGGAAGAAGUGGACCUACGAGGACAAACACUUGAUAAUAGAUGGGUGGUCCCAUAUAACCCAAGGCUUUUGA